CUCUAGAGAUGGCUGCGGAGAGCACCGGAGCGGCCCCGACCGCUCUGCCGUCCUGUUUAGAGGGGAAAGGCCCAGGCGAGCGGGCGGCCAUCCUUCACCAGCACCUGGGCCGCAGGGAGAUGACCGACGUGAUCAUCGAGACCAUCCAGCCGCGGCCAGAUGAAGCAAAAGCUGCCGUGGAAGGAAGAAAAUCUUCAGAGGCUGCGUCUGCCGAGGACAAAAAUAAACAUGACGAUCAAAGUAAAGAGCGGGAGGCUGCUCCAGACUCGCCUUCAAAACAGCUCCCCGACCAGAUUUCCUUCUUCAGCGGCAACCCCUCGGUUGAAAUCGUUCACGGCAUUAUGCAUCUGUACAAAACAAACAAGAUGACCUCUCUCAAAGAGGACGUCAGGCGCAGCGCCAUGCUGUGCAUCCUCACUGUCCCUGCCACCAUGACCAGUCACGACCUGAUGAAGUUUGUGGCUUCCUUCUACGAAGUAAUCGAGCACAUGAAAAUCAUCCGGGAUUCCACUCCGAACCAGUACAUGGUGCUGAUCAAGUUUAGCUCGCAGGCUGACGCAGACAGCUUUUACAUGGCAUGCAACGGCCGGCAGUUCAACUCGAUAGAGGAGGACGUUUGCCAGCUGGUGUACGUGGAAAGGGCCGAAGUCUUCAAAUCGGAAGAUGGGGCCAGCCUGCCUGUGAUGGAUCUGACGGAGCUCCCGAAGUGCACCGUGUGCCUGGAGAGGAUGGAUGAGUCCGUGAACGGGAUCCUCACCACGCUGUGCAACCACAGCUUUCACAGCCAGUGUCUGCAGCGGUGGGAGGACACCACGUGUCCUGUCUGUAGAUAUUGCCAAACGCCUGAGCCAGUGGAAGAGAACAAGUGUUUUGAGUGUGGAGUUCAAGAAAACCUGUGGAUCUGUUUGAUCUGUGGGCACAUAGGCUGCGGCCGGUACGUGAGCCGACACGCUUACAAGCACUUUGAGGAGACCCAGCACACCUACGCGAUGCAGCUGACCAACCACAGAGUCUGGGACUAUGCUGGAGAUAACUACGUCCAUCGACUGGUUGCAAGCAAAACCGAUGGGAAGAUAGUUCAGUAUGAGUGCGAGGGAGAUAUGUGUCAGGAAGAGAAAAUUGAUGCCUUACAAUUAGAGUACUCGUAUUUGCUAACCAGCCAGCUGGAAUCGCAGCGCAUCUAUUGGGAAAACAAGAUUGUCCGGAUAGAAAAGGACACGGCGGAAGAGAUUAACAACAUGAAGACCAAAUUUAAAGAGACCAUUGAGAAGUGUGACAGUCUGGAGCAGAGGCUGAAUGACUUGCUCAAAGAAAAGCAGUCUGUCGAAAGGAAGUGUUCGCAGCUGAAUAACAAAGUGGUCAAACUUUCCAACGAGCUGAAGGAGGAGCAAGAACUGAAUAAGUGCUUGCGGGCGAAUCAAGCCUUGCUCCAGAACAAACUGAAGGAGGAGGAGAGGGUGUUGAAGGAAACCUGCGAGCAGAAGGACCUACAGAUCUCUGAGAUCCAGGAGCAGCUGCGGGAUGUCAUGUUCUACUUGGAGACACAGCAGAAAAUCAACCACCUCCCAGCCGAGACCCGCCAGGAGAUUCAGGAGGGACAGAUCAACAUCGCAGUGGCGUCCUCGGCCAGCUCCGCCGCGGGGGGCACGGGCAAACCCUCUGCCAGGAGAGGCCGUGGCAAGAGGGGCAAGUGAGAAGGGGAACGCUCCCAUCCUGAACCCGG